AUGUCCGAUAGAUACAGGCCUCCAACCGGUCCUAAGGGAUCAAAAGGAACCCCCUCUGGUCCCAAAGGGAACUGGAAGAAUCAGAACUCAAACCAGUAUUUCAACGGACCUCUCCCCAAACGUUACAAAGAAAGAGACAACUACAGACCCAAUCUAAUCGACAAGCCAAAACUGGGGCCGUAUGGCUCUAAUACUCCGGAGAGACCAUCUGGCCCGUCGUACCGAGAAGGUCCGGGGCUGAAAAGACCUCACCCUGACGAUAGAUACAGCGGAGAAGGGCCUAAUAAGAAACGAGACUAUAGAAAGGAUGAUCAGAGAGAGUGGGAUUCUCGCGGUCCAAGAGAUAGACCUCAAGGUACUGCUCGGGACAAAGACUCUAGAAGCUCCACAGACUUGCGAGAAACACGCGAAUACCGAGGAGCUCGUGACCGUGACUUCAGAAAAGAUCCUAGAGACUUUCGGGACUCUCGUGCUAGAAACGAACCACGUCCACCUUCGACGCGGAGAGAUGCUGUUCUCGAUAAAGCUCCUAAAGGUCCAAGGUCGAGCGGGCUUCCUGAUGGAAAACAAAAGGAUCGUAAAAGAAACCCGCCUCCUCCAGCACCUAAGCCUGUUACAAAGCUUCGGCCUUCGCAGAUGUAUCUGUUAUACACCAGACGAAAUGCCGAGUUGUACCAACGAGUUCAGCAAGUGGGAGAAGGAACCUAUGGAAAGGUUUAUAAAGCGAAGAAUGAUAUCACAGGGGAAUUUGUUGCUCUAAAGAAGCUUAGAUUGGAAAGUGAAAGAGAAGGUUUCCCAAUCACGGCAAUGCGUGAAAUCAAGUUAUUACAGAGUUUCGAUCAUCCAAAUAUUGUCGGAUUACUAGAGAUGAUGGUGGAACAUAACCAAAUCUUCAUGGUAUUCGAUUACUUGGACCAUGACCUUACUGGUCUCUUAACGCAUCCUGAUUUGAAGCUCACGGAAGGGCACAGAAAAAUGAUAUUCAAACAAUUAAUGGAAGGCUUGAACUAUCUUCAUAAGAGGAGAGUGAUUCAUCGUGAUAUUAAAGGCUCUAAUAUUCUUUUGAAUGCUCAAGGUAUUCUCAAGAUUGCGGACUUUGGUUUGGCUCGGAAUAUGAAGGUAUUGGCACAAGGUGAAAGCCCGGACUAUACUAAUCGAGUCAUCACCAUCUGGUAUAGGCCACCAGAAUUAUUGUUGGGCUCUACGGACUACGGACGUGAGGUUGAUAUAUGGGGAGUUGGUUGUCUCUUAAUGGAGCUUUACACAAAGACAGCUACUUUUCAAGGAACGGAAGAAGUAUCGCAACUAUUCAAAAUAUUUGAAAUUAUGGGAACCCCGACGUUGGAAAGCUGGCCCAAUAUUGAGAACUUGCCGUGGUUUGAGAUGUUGAAACCUCGAAUUAAUAAAAAACCCACUUUCGAGGUUGAGUACAAGCCACUCAUGACCCCUGACAGUUUUGAUCUCGCGCAAAAGCUAUUAGAGCUAGUUCCAUCUAGAAGAUUGACAGCUGAGCAGGCCCUUGAACAUCAUUACUUUCACAACGAUCCCAAGCCAGAAGCGUUGACUUUUAUGGAGACCCUUGAAGGUGAAUGGCAUGAAUUCGAAACUAAGAAGAGAAGAAGAGAAGAAAGGAAGCGAUUACAGGGACUCAAAAAUGCAAAGGGGAAAGAAGCUUCUGUUCCUCCUACUCAGCCCAAGGCGCCUAACCCUUCGGACUUGCCGGACACUGCGCCACGGUCAAUGGCGGCAACGCCUUUUGAUGGCAGUAAGAGUGUAACAUACGGAAAUGAGAACGGAGAGGACGGGCCUGCAGACACGGUGAGACCUGAAACUGGAAGAAGUGACAAAGCUGAUGAUGUAAGUCCAUCGAUUUCAGAAGCUGCCGGCACUGAGGAUAAAGAGGCACCUGGUCAAGUCAAAGAAGACAAGCCUAUAGGAGUAGAGAAUGCUCAGGAGAAGAAAUCUGGUGAAGCAGCAGAGAUCACCACAGUGAAACAUACAGCAGCGGAGCCAACGGUACCGCCAGGUCCUUCCACAACCAAAGAUGUUUCCAGCGAACCGAAGGCACAAGAGAUCACAAAUUCCUCCAGUGUCUUGCAAUCACAAGAAGCAGAUGUCUCCAGACAAGUACGAGAAGCAGAGACGGCAAAUGAGCUGAAUGAACACGAAAGUGAGCCAGCACCAACCGCGGAAGUACAAGGUUCCAGUACUACAGAGUAA